AUGUCAUCUUCACCUCUAUUUAAUGUAGAGUUUGUGAAGCUAGUCCGAAUAUCAAAAUACUACCAACUAGCGUCUGUCAUUAUUCUACUGUACGAUUAUGUCAUAACACUCGACAUGGAGAUCGAGUGGGUUUGGAGCCGGCUCAAGCGUUCGAAAAUCACUAUAGCAGAUGCUCUUUUUCUCUUGAAUCGAUACUUCCCUCUCAUCUCGUAUUUUUGGAUUAUAUUCGCAUACGGUCAAUCAUACUGGUCACCAUCCGCGUACGAAUGCUUUCAUCAGAUAGCAAUAUUAGACCUUGUUACUAAAAAUCCCGAUUGCGAAUGUAUUAUUGGCGUCAUUGUCAUGCUUCGUUUAUAUGCUGUUUAUCUUGGUGCAGUAUGGGUGCCAGCUUGCUUAGGCAUACUCGUAUUAGUCUCUUUGGCUUUUGGUAUUCGUGCAUCCACGAGUGUCACCCUUGUUUCUCCUCAUAUAGGUGUAAAUGGAUGCAUAAUGACAGUCAAGGAUGGAUCUGAAUCAGUCUUUGCCAUGCUUUGGGCCAUGGGUGCUAUAUUUGAUGCUACCGUGUUCUUCAUGACAAUUUGGGGAACACGGCAGAGACAAAUGUGCAAUGCAGACCAGAAGACAACCGGGCCGAAAUGUUUACCAGGUCUCCUACUUCGACAUGGAAUAAUCUAUUUCUUUGUGAUGUUUUCUGCCAAAGUCGUCAAUUUUGCUGUCUUCUGGAUUGUCUCAGACGCUAAGGACCUCAUCACAAUAAACUGGACGUUUAACCAUACGAUAACUGUGAUCAUGAUCUCUCGACUCGUCCUUAACCUACGCGCACAAGGCGAGCAACUGUCUCCGUGA